CAGAGUACGCAUCCCUGCCCAAUCUGGGUUACCACAUAAUUUGCAAUCGCUUUGCGCCAAUCGCGGCAAUACAACUGUAUCUUAUUCUUUCCUAAUAAAUAACUUUACCUAGUUCUUUUGCUGUUAAUCGACCGGUUGAGAACCAGCGUUUCGCUCCCGCUAGUUACUGAUUUCUACUUUCAUUUAACUAAAAAAAAAAAAAAAUGGGUGACGCAGAUAAAGGAGCCGCUGUAUUCAAAACCAAAUGUUCUCAAUGUCACACAAUUGAAGCGGGUGGCAAGCACAAAGUUGGACCAAAUUUACAUGGUUUAAUUGGUCGUAAGACUGGUCAAGCUGCUGGAUUCUCCUACACAGAUGCCAACAUCAAUAAAGGAAUUACAUGGAAUGAACAAACAUUAUUUGAGUACUUAGAAAAUCCAAAGAAAUAUAUUCCUGGUACCAAAAUGGUAUUUGCUGGUAUUAAGAAAGUAGAAGAAAGAAAUAACCUAAUCGCCUAUUUGAAAAAAGCUUCCGCGUAAUGUCAGUAUUUUUGUUAUAUACUGUUUUAAUAGAUUAAAUUAUGAGUAACUUUUUGUGUUA